AAUUAUAAAUGAAUUUUUUAAAAGUUUUUUCGGCAAUAUAAUAUAAUAAUUAAUAAUUAAAUUUAAUUAAAUUAAUGGUUAUUCUUUUUUUUUUAAAUUUCCCUCCUACCUAUAACCGGUGUCGCCGGGAAAGAAGCGAAUCACCGACGCCUCCUAACUCCGAAUCCUCUGCCUUCUCCUUCGAGAUCAAACGCUCCGACGCCAGCUUCAGAACCCUGAAUCGGAACUCCUCUGCCUUCUCCCAAACGCUCCGACGCCAGUCGUACCUUGAAUCGGGACGCCUCUGCCUUAGAUCACUCGCUCAGAGGCCAAUCGCUCCGCAUUCCUGCCAAGAACGCGGCCGCUGAUGGCGAAGAAUUUAGAUUGCACGAAGGCGAAACAAAAAAUUUCUCUAGUGAAAGUCCCUCCCGAAGUCUUGAGGGCCUCGCAGACGGUCUUAGAGUCGUCCACGUCCGCCACUAGUUCUUCCGCCACCAGCGAUCCCACGAUCGGAAAGAUUGUUGAAGAAGUUGACCUUCUGAAUAACGAUCCUUCUUCCUCCAAGCAGUACUUUUUCGAAAUGGCUGAUGGAUCACGUCACAAAUUGAACAUAACUCAACAGUGUGCUCCUCUAAAUGUAUUUUCUGAAACUAAACAAGGAAAAUUAGAAGUGGAGGGGAAGAUAGUUAGAGUAGUUAACAUGGAACCUUCCAUUGGUGAUUUCAAGGCUUAUAGUCAAUCUGUUGGUGAAAGGACCAGGAUUGCUGCUGCUAAAACCAAGAGAAUCAAGGUUAUCGACAUUGGAAAUGACGCGGCUUCAAAGAAUAUUGGAGCAGGAUAUAAAUUUGGUCCCUGGUUCCUACUCCUCUCGUGUCUUCUUCUUGAGACAAAGAUACACCAUCAUUUCUUGUGGAGAAAGGGCCGGAAGCAUCAAGUUUUGUUGCAGUCGUCUUCCUUGAUCAAAACGAUGGCUGGAGGUAUUUGGUUUGCAAAAUAUGUAAUGUUUUUACAUUUGGUAUCAGAGCGUUACUGCCUCUGCCUCGUUUCUUCAUGCCUGUUGAAAUUACUGCUUCUGCGAUUCUUCCUUGCAAAGUCAAUAAAGAUGGUGCUUUGCAAAGGCACUUACCUGUUGUUGAACUUUGAGUUUCUUUCCCUAGCAAUUUUUGUCCCAAUUAGUAAUUUCUGCAUUUUGAAACGCUACUGGCGCCGCCGAAGCCAUCGCAUCGCGGGGCUGUUGGCGUCGGUGAAGCCAUCGCAUCGCGAGGCUGCUGGCGUCGACGAAGCCAUUGGAUUGCGGGGCUGCUGGUGAGCGCAGGCUGCAGGCGUUGCAGCAGCUUGCAUGGGCGGCGAGCAGUGUCGCCGAAGUUGGGAAUAGGGCAGAAACUUAUCGCAUCUUUGAUAUAUAUAAAAAAAAAAAAUCAUUCUGUUUAGUUUCUUAUUAG